GGCAAGCCCGGGCCAAUUGGAGGGGCUGUUGUUAGGCAGUUCCGGAGGACAGGCCGGGAGGCAGGAAGGUGGCAAGAUGGUUUUGGAAAGCACUAUGGUUUGUGUGGACAACAGUGAGUAUAUGCGGAAUGGGGACUUCCUACCCACCCGACUGCAGGCGCAACAGGAUGCUGUCAACAUAGUGUGUCACUCAAAGACUCGCAGCAACCCUGAAAACAACGUGGGGCUCAUUACCCUGGCCAAUGAUUGUGAAGUGCUGACCACACUCACCCCUGACACCGGCCGAAUCCUGUCCAAGCUCCACACUGUCCAGCCCAAGGGCAAGAUCACCUUCUGCACUGGCAUUCGCGUGGCCCACCUGGCUCUGAAGCAUCGGCAGGGCAAGAACCACAAGAUGCGCAUCAUUGCCUUUGUGGGGAGUCCAGUGGAGGACAACGAGAAAGACUUGGUGAAACUGGCUAAACGCCUCAAGAAGGAGAAAGUAAAUGUGGACAUUAUCAAUUUCGGGGAAGAGGAGGUAAACACAGAAAAGCUCACAGCCUUUGUGAACACACUGAAUGGCAAAGACGGGACCGGCUCUCACCUGGUGACAGUGCCUCCAGGGCCCAGCUUGGCUGAUGCUCUCAUCAGUUCUCCGAUUUUGGCUGGUGAAGGUGGUGCCAUGCUGGGUCUUGGUGCCAGUGACUUUGAGUUUGGAGUGGAUCCCAGUGCUGACCCUGAGCUGGCCUUGGCCCUUCGUGUUUCCAUGGAAGAGCAGCGGCAGCGGCAGGAGGAAGAGGCCCGGCGGGCAGCUGCGGCCUCUGCUGCUGAGGCUGGGAUUGCUCCAACUGGGACUGAAGGUGAAAGAGACUCAGACGAUGCCCUGCUGAAGAUGACCAUCAGCCAGCAGGAGUUUGGCCGCGCUGGGCUUCCUGACCUCAGCAGCAUGACUGAGGAGGAGCAGAUUGCUUACGCCAUGCAGAUGUCUCUGCAGGGAGCAGAGUUUAGCCAGGCGGAGUCAGCAGACAUUGAUGCUAGCUCAGCCAUGGACACAUCUGAGCCAGCCAAGGAGGAGGAUGACUAUGACGUGAUGCAGGACCCUGAGUUCCUUCAGAGUGUCCUGGAGAACCUCCCAGGUGUGGAUCCCAACAAUGAAGCCAUCCGAAAUGCCAUGGGCUCUCUGGCCUCCCAGUCCACCAAAGAGAGCAAGAAGGACAAGAAGGAGGAGGACAAGAAGUGAGACUCGAGGGAAGGGUAGCUGAGCCUGCUCAGGGGACUGCGUGGGGGCACAGAGGCAGGGCUAGACAUGUGCUACCUGUAACGUGACAGCCUCAAUAAAGCGUGGCAACUUUUUUUUCUU